AUGAAAUUCGGUCUGCAGCUCAAGCAGUCCCUGAUCAAGGACUAUUACUGGCAUUAUAUCGGUUACGAUGACCUUAAGAGCGCCCUCAAGAAACCAUUCAUCAACGGCAAGAGCGGCGAACGAGAACCGUGGACGGACGACGAUGAGGCCAACUUCAUUCGAUUGCUAGAGGCAGAACUUGACAAGGUCUACACAUUCCAAAAGCUGAAGAGUCAAGAGAUUGUCUCCAGAAUCCGGACUGCUGAGUCUGAGGUCAAGGAUGUUAUCGACCGCAAGGAACGUCAGAACCAAGCUGGCGCCGACACCGAUGAUGACCUCGAGAAUGACUUCGAUCUACUCGAGGCCGAUCUCUCCGACAUCAUCGCAGAUGUUCACGACCUGGCGAAAUUCACCCAGCUGAACUACACGGGCUUCCAGAAGAUCAUCAAGAAGCAUGACAAACAGACUCAGCUGAUCCUUCGCCCGUCGUUCGCAACCCGCCUGAAGGCCAAGCCUUUCUUCCAGGACAACUACGAUGCCUUCAUCGUCAAUCUCUCGAAACUGUACGAUCUGGUACGGACAAGAGGCAGCCCGGUGAAGGGAGACAGUGCCGCUGGAGGUGCUCAGCAGAACUUCGUCCGUCAGACCACAAAGUACUGGGUCCACCCAGACAACAUCACCGAGUUGAAGCUCAUCAUCCUCAAGCACUUGCCGGUGCUCGUCUUCAAUCCCAACAAAGAGUUCGAAGAGAAGGACUCGGCCAUCUCAUCCAUCUACUACGACAACCCCGAGACAUGGGAGUUAUACAUGGGUCGUUUAAAGAAAACUGAGGGGGCAGAAGCUAUUCGCCUGCGAUGGUAUGGAGGUAUGGAGAAUGAAACAAUUUUUGUGGAAAGGAAGACACAUCGUGAGGAUUGGACCGGCGAGAAAUCUGUCAAGGCUCGCUUCACCCUGAAAGAGAAAAAUGUCAACGCCUUCCUGGCUGGGAAGAUGACCGUGGAAGAGGUAUUUGCCAAGAUGCGAAAGGAAGGCAAGAAGAGCGUCAAAGAGAUUGAGGACUUGGAACAGCUUGCCCGCGAAAUCCAGUAUCGGGUCAUCAGCCGGAGACUUGUCCCUGUCUGCCGCUCCUUCUACCACCGGACAGCGUUUCAACUUCCUGGUGAUGCCCGCGUGAGAAUCUCACUCGAUACCGAACUUACCAUGGUUCGGGAGGACAACCUGGACGGCCGGCAAAGAUCGGGAAAGAAUUGGCGACGAAUGGACAUUGGCAUCGACUGGCCGUUCCCCCAGCUGCCGCGCGAGGAUGUUGAACUUUUCCCUUAUGCCGUCCUUGAAGUGAAAUUGCAAACUCAAGCCGGCCAAGAGCCACCCCAAUGGAUCAGAGAUCUGACAGCGAGUCACCUGGUCGAGGCCGUGCCCAAAUUCUCGAAAUUCAUCCACGGCACAGCGACCAUGUUCCCCAAUCGGAUCGACCUCCUGCCCUUCUGGUUCCCCCAGAUGGACGUCGACAUUCGGAAACCCAUCACUCACCGUUUUGGCAUUGAGAGGCCCGCUAAUACAGCCAGCUAUAGUACCAGCGAUGUCGAUGAUGAUGAUGAGUACGACUCGGACGAUGCCAUGGCAGCCGACACGCAGACUACGAGUCAGACGACGCCCAUGGUCAACGGCUCGCAGAAUGACGACGAUGAGGGUACCAGGAGGCUCAAAGCAGCAAGGCAAAUCCUUGCUGAGCACAGCCGCGCUCAAGACAGGGACGAUCUAGACGACGCUAACGCCGCACCAGGGAACUCGCUCGACGAGGAGGAAAGAGUUGCCGCCCUGCCUGUUCAAGACGAUGAGUACCUGUACGACUCUGAGGCUGAUGACGUUGAAGACGAGCUCGAAGCAGCCCGCCACUCCAAGUCGUGGAAAUACUACCCUUUGCUUGUGAAACACCACGCCCAGUUGGCUGCCGAUCACUUCCUCAACUUCUUCCACAAGAUACCCACGACCACACCAUUGCCGCAGAACGGGUCUGUCGCGGGUGGUGGAAACCAGAUGACGGGCAGUGUUCAGGUUAAACGCUUUAAGGCACCCAAGGGCAAACGAAUCCACGUUCCCGUCCGGGUCGAACCAAAAGUCUACUUUGCUGCCGAGCGAACCUUCCUCUCCUGGUUGGAAUUCAGCAUCAUCAUCGGAUCCAUUGCCGCCACCCUCCUGAAUUUCGGUGAUUAUGUCAGUUUGAUCAGUGCAUGGGGCUUUACCAUUGUUGCAUGUGCAGCGCUAAUAUACAGUGUUGUCAUUUACUGGUUGCGAGUGCAGAUGAUCCGAAAGAGGAGAGCGAGUGUGAGCAGAUAUUACGACAAAUAUGGCACUACAGGCUUGUGCAUCGGGCUGCUUGCAGCGACAGCCGUCUCAUUCUUUUUCCGCAUCAAAGAGGACGGGUGGUUUCAGAAACAGGGGGUGGGUGUCGUGAGUGAGCUUUGA